CUGUGUUUCCGCGCAACGCACCGACGUCUGUCUCCUCUCAACUUGUUUCUAGGGCACCAAGCUACCCUGACCCAACUUCCUCCCUCAUUGCACCAGAGUUCAAGUUCGACUCUUUCCAUCCACCACACGUCAUACGCCGACCAAGCAUCCCCUCUCCAUCCACCGACUCGUCACCAUGUCUGCUACCAACGUGGAGAAAGGCUCCGACGCCAACCCCGUUAAUGACGCUGCAAACGCUCUGGGCAACCUCUCAAUCAACAAGCCUGCCGAUGACAAGGCCGCCGCCAACGAGGCCGCCUCGGCCAGCGCUGCUGAGGGUCGCCGCCUGUACAUCGGCAACCUGGCAUAUGCGACAACUGAGGGACAGUUGAAGGACUUCUUCAAAAGCUAUCUUGUCGAGUCUGUCUCGAUCCCCAAGAACCCUCGUACCGACCGCCCUGUCGGAUACGCUUUUGUCGACCUUUCUACCCCCAACGAGGCUGAUCGUGCCAUUGCUGAGCUUUCCGGCAAGGAGAUCCUCGAGCGAAAGGUUUCCGUUCAGCUGGCUCGCAAGCCCGAGCCUGCUGGUGAGAAGACUGAGGGUGCUAACGGAGAGGGCUCCGGCGCGGAGGGCUCUCGUCGCCGAGCCUCUGGUCGUGGUCGCGGACGUGGCCGCGGACGUGGUGGCCGUGGUGGCCGUGGCGGUCGCGCCACUGGCGAGAAUGAUGAGAAGAAGGGAGAUGAAGCCGCCGAAGGUGAAGCUACCCAGGCUGAGCCUCUGAAGGACAUCACCAACACAGCCUCGGAGGAGAACAAGGACGACAAGAAGAAGAACCAGAACCGCCCUCAGCGUGAGCGCCGCGAGCGUGGCCCACCCGCUGAUGGCAUCCCUUCCAAGACCAAGGUCAUGGUGGCCAACCUGCCAUAUGAUCUAACUGAGGAGAAGCUCCUUGAGCUCUUCAAGGCCUACGAACCUUCGUCAGCCAAGAUUGCUCUCCGACCCAUCCCCCGUUUCAUGAUCAAGAAGCUCCAGGCUCGUGGCGAAGCCCGCAAGGGACGUGGCUUCGGUUUCGUGACCCUGGCUUCCGAGGAGCUCCAGCAGAAGGCCGUCGCUGAGAUGAACGGAAAGGAGAUUGAAGGACGUGAGAUCGCUGUCAAGGUCGCCAUCGAUAGCCCCGACAAGACCGACGAGGAGGCCAACGCCCCGGCUGCCAACGGCGCUGAUGAGGGCGCUACCGAGGCUGCUGCUGAGCCCGCUGCUGAGGCUCCUGCCGCCACUGCUUAAAUCUUGAGCUGCGGCAGUUUUUUUUUCACAGGCUGAACAUUGCCGCCUACGUUUGAUGAGUACUCUUUUAUGAUAUGGCACGCGAUUUUGGACGAUUUCAAUUAUGACGCCACGGCUGGCUUUAUAUCUUACUUUGGGGCUGGAAUGGAGCUACACGCAGAUAUCGCUUGAAACUCUUUAA